AACAACUCCCCUUUACCUUUUCUCUCUCUCUCUCAUCAAUUUUCUCUCUCAUCACUGUAACUUUCAUCAGAGCUCAUUUCCCUCUCAAACACACACAAACUGAAGCCCGCUUCUCCAAUGCCGGAGGUCAUGGCUCUACAACAAAUACUUCCAUUCUGUUGCAGCUAAUGAGAGUUUGGUACAAUUAUCUUAAUUGCGCGGAUAGGUCUGAAGGCCGGCCCCUGCCCCUGCUCUACUGAUCUCCCGUGGAUGUAAUUUUCUGUUCUUAGAAUCCAAUUGUGUAGGACAGGCAGAUAGAUUCUCGGGGAUUGUCAUUUCACAGCAAAAUCAAGUGGACAUAAAAAAUUGGUCGAAAUGAGCAGCAAGGAAACGAAAAUGAGAGUUGCAAAUGCCUUUCGUGCUAUGAAGGGUAUUGGGAUCUCAGAAGAUAAGGUGAAGCCAGUACUAAAAAAAUUGCUGAAAUUGUACGAUAAAAACUGGGAGCUCAUUGAAGAGGAAAACUAUCGAGCCCUUGCAGAUGCUAUAUUUGAAAGAGAGGAAUCUGAAGCAGAAGAGCAUUCAAAGAAGAUCAUGGAGAAUGCAGCAGUAGCUGAGCAUCCAAAGAAGAUGGUCAAUAAUGAAGAGAAAGAGGACUAUUUGGAGAAAGAGGCUCAGGCACAUGAAGAGCCUGAACGGCCCUUGAAAAGAUUGCGACUUAAAUACCAAGAUGGAAAAAGUCCCGCCUCAGAUGCGCCUCAUAGUAGUAGUGGUGGCAAGAUGCUUCUUAUCAGGCCUAAAGAAGAACCAAGUGAACUACCUGAAACCAGUAUCCCAAAACUGAAUGCGUCACAAGGCACAGCGGGGACAGCUCAACCGAAUGCUGAAAAUAAAGGAAAACGACCUAUUUCUCCCAGUGGCACAGGCAGGAAUCAGCAAAAGGCAACUGAACCAAGAUCUCCUUCCCAUCCAAUGAGGCUCAGAGACAGAGGAAAAGGAUCUGUCUCUCCUAAAAUACCAUCGAGUGAAAAGACUUUAGUUCCAGCAAGUGCAGCAUCUAAUGCGGUAUGUCUUAAAGAGCCAAAGGUUGGGCCUGGCAAUGAUCUGUCAUCUAAACAGAAGAGCAAUUCAAGUUAUGUAUUAAUUACGCCUAAAGAUGAGCCAGUCACUGAUGACAUGCCACGUUUGGAGGUUCGUACCGCUGUCAAUUGUCCAGGUCUGAAUAAUGGAGGAGACUCGAUGUGCAGCAAUGGUACAGUUAGAGAACAUGACAGUCUUGAGCCCUCAGUUUCACCCUGUGUCAAUGAGAAAGAAAGGGCUGACGGCGCUGCCACCCCAAAUGUAUCGAUGAACAACAACCAGCUGGCAUUGGUCUCAGGUCAAUGUUUUUCUAACCUAGAGAUCGCUUCCUCGUCUUUUGGGGAAGUGAAAAUUUCCUUGAGCUGCGAUGUGGCUCUUGGAAGACCUGAUUUCCAUAUGCCUACCCUUGAAACAGUCCUGAAAUCAGUGGAUGAAAAAUGUCUGAGAACGUACAAAACCUUAGACCCAAACUUCUCCGUGAUGAAUGUUAUGAAAGAAUUUUGUCAGUGCUUUCUGAAAUUGGGAUCGGGUUCCAAUAGCGAGUCUCCAGAAACCUUAAAUGCGGGUCAGACCAUUGGUUCAACAGAUGAUGUUGGUGCUAGAGGCCUUUUGAGUGGAUCAGUGGCUUCUCAUUUCGAUGCCGAGGCAACUCUGCCCAAGACCUCACCACUUCAUCCUUGCAAUGGCAUAGAUGAUGAUGACUCUCAUUUGAAAAAGAUGGAUGGUGGAGAUGAAAACGGGACAAAUACAGAGAACAUAGAGAAUUUUGCAGAAAACCCGAAUGAAAUGAGCUUGGUGAUUUCUCCUCAGCCCCAGGUAGUAGUACUACCUGGAUUGCCUCUGUAUGGUGUUGUUGACAUAGCCAAGGGACGAGAAAAAAAUGUUAUUACACUUGUGAAUGAAAUGAGUAGUGAGACUCCACCAUCUUUUCGCUACAUAACCCAAAAUACAGUUUUCAAAAACGCUUGUGUGAAAUUCUCUCUCGCUCGGCUUGGAGAUAACAACUGCUCUACUUGUGUUGGGGAUUGUUUGUCACCGUCUACUCCUUGUGCAUGUGCAAAUGAAACUGCGUACACAACAUAUGGCCUUGUUAAGGAGGAAUUUCUUGAAGAGUGUAUUUCGAUGAACCACAAUCCUAACAAGCAUUGCCAGUUCUUCUGCAAGGAAUGUCCUCUUGAAAGAUCAAAAGGUGAGGAUAUCACUGAACCAUGCAAAGGACAUAUAAUGAGGAAGUUCAUCAAAGAAUGUUGGUUGGGAUGUGACUGUACCUCACAGUGUGGCAAUCGAGUGGUACAAAGAGGAAUAACUCGGAAGUUACAGGUGUUCAUGACCCCUGAAGGAAAAGGUUGGGGUCUGCGUACUCUGGAGGAUCUCCCAAAAGGUGCUUUUGUUAGCGAGUAUGUCGGAGAAAUUUUAACCAAUAGAGAGCUCGUUGGUCGUGUUUUGCGCAGCCCUAAAGCGGGAAAACAUUCUUAUCCUGUACUUCUCGAUGCUGGUUGGGGUGCUAAAGAAGCACUGAAAGAUGAAGAAGCUCUUUGUCUAGAUACCACAUAUUACGGAAAUAUUGCAAGGUUUAUUAAUCAUAGAUGUUAUGAUCCAAACUUGGUCGAGAUCCCAGUGGAACUAGAGAGUCCGGAUCACCACUAUUAUCAUCUCGCCUUCUUCACAACAAGAGCAGUGAGGGCCAUGGAAGAACUGACUUGGGAUUAUGGAAUUGAUUUUGAUGACCACGAUCAUCCUAUCAAGCCAUUCCGUUGUCAAUGUGGCAGCAAGUUCUGCCGCAACAUAAAGCGUUCAAGAGGUUUUGUGUGUAGGAUCUAAAAUUGGAAGAAGUUGACCGUGUGGCAGUGGCUGUCGUUUUUGCUGUAGUUACAGCCUUGUCCAGAAUACUAUAGCAAGACAUCGCUAAAGAUUUUCGGUUGACUUCGUUUUGGAUGUAAUUCCCGGGUUAUUGAUUUUGUAAGAAAACCUAAUGUAAUUUGUGUAAGAAACCUGUCCGAAAGACCUGUUCUAAUGUUGAUACUUUUGCAUU